AUGUCCCGAGUCUUCGUUCCCUUGCUCGUACUGAUUUCGGUGGUUAUGUGUGCGGUCGCGCUCACAGCGCUGAUGUUUAUCCCCGAGAGCGGAACCCUAGCUAGCGAUUUUUCCGAAAUUCGCGGACGCAUCACCGGACUACUAUGCCCAAAAUACGCUUUUCUUCGAACAAGCUACUGCUUUGAAAAUGCUGAAUGCCGUCGUGUUGGCGAGGGUGAUUGGAAAGAUGGAGAGGAUCUGAUCAAGUUUUUUGCCUGCUAUCCGAAGGAGAGCCGCCAGAUCGUCAACAUCGUGCUCUUCGUGUUUGGCGGUUAUUUAGUCGCCCAGAUGAUGUAUGAUCUGAUCAACUCCAUCCACACGCCGCUGCGCAAUGCCAUCGCCAUGCGUCGCCGUAAAGAAUUUAUCGUG